AUGCGUCGCGCGUGCUCUUCACUCGGUAUUUUUGAAGGGUAGCUCUUUCCUGUUCCGCGUUGCGCGGUGUCGGCCUGUGGGUCUUUGGUACCCGAAAAUUAAGAGCUUCUACUCACCCAGGAGGCUGCACCCCGCAGAUCUGCGGCUGUCACCAUGCCACAAAAUGAAUAUAUUGAAUUACACCGUAAACGCUAUGGAUAUCGUUUGGAUUACCAUGAGAAAAAGAGAAAAAAGGAGAGUCGAGAGGCUCAUGAACGUUCAAAGAAGGCAAAAAAACUGAUUGGCCUGAAAGCUAAGCUCUACCAUAAACAGCGCCAUGCCGAGAAAAUUCAAAUGAAAAAGACUAUCAAGAUGCAUGAAAAGAGAAACACCAAACAAAAGAACGAUGAAAAGACUCCACAGGGAGCAGUUCCUGCCUAUCUUCUAGACAGAGAAGGACAGACUCGGGCAAAAGUACUUUCCAACAUGAUUAAACAAAAACGAAAAGAGAAGGCGGGAAAAUGGGAAGUCCCCCUUCCCAAGGUUCGUGCCCAGGGAGAAACAGAAGUAUUAAAAGUGAUUCGAACAGGGAAGAGAAAAAAGAAGGCCUGGAAGAGGAUGGUUACUAAAGUCUGCUUUGUUGGAGAUGGCUUUACAAGAAAACCACCUAAAUAUGAAAGAUUCAUUAGGCCAAUGGGCUUACGUUUCAAGAAGGCCCAUGUAACACAUCCUGAACUUAAAGCCACCUUUUGCCUACCAAUACUUGGUGUGAAAAAGAAUCCCUCAUCUCCACUAUAUACAACUUUGGGUGUUAUUACCAAAGGUACAGUCAUUGAGGUGAAUGUGAGCGAAUUGGGCCUUGUAACACAAGGAGGCAAAGUUAUUUGGGGGAAAUAUGCGCAGGUUACCAACAAUCCUGAAAAUGAUGGAUGCAUAAAUGCAGUCUUACUGGUUUGACAUCUGUUUUACAUUUUUUAUAAUUAAAGACUACAAAUCAAUCAGGAAAACCACCAUUACUGUGAUAUUUCUGAGUACUACCAAACAGCCUUAAAUAUCUGUAGUUAUUAAGAGAACUAUUUAUUAAACUGUUUGAAAAAAGAAAAACAUUAAAAUGACCAAGUUUGGCAGAUUGUUCUUUAUUAGGGGGUUUAUGUUAAGGGCUUACAUGUUUUUAAGAUUGAACAAUUGAAAAAGUAAACCUAUAAAUAUAAGUAUCUGCAUUAAAGAGUGUAUACUCGGCAAUGCAGAUCUGUUGUUUUUGGAAAAACCACCAGUAUAGCUGAAAAAAAUAUGUAAGAGAAAGCAGGCUAUACAAUGUAGAAAAAGUUCAGAACUCUUAGAUACAUCUUUUCAUCUGUAACCAAUCCUUGUUCAAUAAAUAAAUUAAAUUUUUUUUUAGCAUUCGCUAUAUUCUAAAUAUAGAGUAGUAUAAUUAUGCUUUCAGAAUGAUACUAAAAGUUUUGUAUAAUUCCAGCUUAGUUUUCAUUGAUGCCCUGAAGAGAAAAUUAUUUGCAGUUGGUUAAUUAUUGGUUAAUAAAAAUUAAAAGGUCAUGUUUUAAGGUUAUAAACUUGGUCAAAGCAGUUCUGUGAUCUGGAUUACAUGAUUUUAAGCUUUAGGGUGUCUGUGUACAUUAAUCACCACAUCAUUUUAAAUUGUUUAUUUUUUUUUAAGUCUGCAAAGUACAAUAUGAUUAUUUCUUUAACAAAAUAAUUGAAUAUCUAAACAAAUUAAUUAUCUAAACAUAUCUUCAUGAAUGAAAGUGGAGAGAAAGUAAAAGAAUUUCAAAACCAACCAGAAAACAAUCACAAAAUAUAUAUUUAAUAACUACUUUCAAACUAAAAAAAAAAAAAAAAAAAAAAAAACCAAGAAAACAAACAAGUAU